CCGCGGCAGGGCUGCGGCCGGCUCCUCGCUGCGCAGGCGCGGCGGCUGCCGGCGGCGGUGACUGGGGCCCGCCGGUCCCGCGGCGGGGGGGCGGCGGUGCUGCUGCUGUUGUUGCUCUUGUCGCCAUCCCGUCCCAGCCCCGCUGCCAUCAUGAAGAUCUGGACCUCGGAGCACGUUUUCGAUCACCCCUGGGAAACGGUAACGACGGCUGCCAUGCAGAAGUACCCAAAUCCCAUGAACCCCAGCGUGGUUGGCGUCGAUGUCCUAGACAGACACGUAGACCCUAGUGGGAAGUUGCACAGCCACAGGCUCCUCAGUACAGAGUGGGGAAUACCCUCCAUUGUGAAAUCUCUCAUUGGGACCUGCAGAACAAAGACAUAUGUUCAGGAACACUCUGUUGUUGACCCAGUGAAAAAAACGAUGGAGCUUAAAUCCAGUAAUAUUUCAUUUACAAACCUAGUGUCAGUAGAUGAGAGGCUUGUCUAUAAACCGCACCCUUACGAGCCAGACAAAACCAUUUUGACACAAGAAGCAAUAAUAUCUGUAAAAGGUGUCAGUCUCAGCAGUUACCUAGAAGGGCUAAUGGCAAACACAAUUUCCUCCAAUGCCAAUAAAGGCCGUGAAGCAUUGGAAUGGGUAAUUAAUAGACUGAACGCUGAAAUUGAAGAGCUCACAGCUUCAGCAAGAGGAACCAUGAGGAAUUCAAUGGCAGCAGCAGCAUUUGUAGAGAAAUGAUAGUAAAUAUACCCAUCUUACUAAUGAGGUUUAACAAUCCAAAGCUCCUCUCCAAACCUAAACAUGUGUAUCCUUUGUUAUUUAAAGGCAUACCUUGUGUACUAGGCACGUUUCAAAUUUAAUUUGGAGAAAAGCUGAUUUCUUACUAAUGAGGCUGAUGCGCAAAGCCUAGUUAAUAUAUUGGUUCAGCUGGACCGAAUUUCGGUUACAGAUGAAGAAAUAAUUUUUGAGUAUAGUUCCUGUAUUUACAUGAACACUAACUUAUAAUGUUUUCAGAUAUGAAAUAGCCUCAUUUAGUGAUGAGGCUGCAUAUGGUGGAGGAGAGUGGCAUGUUAGGUUAACUUCUGUGGAAUUUUUACUUUUGUGUGACUUACGGACUACCUCCUUUGGGACCAAGCCCAAAAUGAAGCAGAAUGGUUUGUUCUGUUUGUCAAUUUUUGAUAGUUGCGUGAUACAACUUGGUUUAAUAGAACAUUUAUUACUUGACGCUUGAAAUACAAAAGAAUGUACAAAAUAUUUUCUUAUAAGCUUUUUAACUUGUUUGGCUGAACUAAUGUGGUACUCAAACUGUUUUUCAGUCAAUAUAGGGAAAACAUACAGUGUCUCUUAUCUACUAAGACCUAAAUUCUGUUCCUAAAUGCAACAUUAGUGAGCUGGGUGUGCAGUAACUUAAAAUUUUGUCUUAAACUUCUAGAAUAAGAUCUCCAUGUCUAAAAGCCAUUAAAUAAAGGGGUACAAUAAGCACAGAGCCUCGAAAUCUUGCAAGCUGCUCGGGCAUCUAAGAAUGGUAGGUGUUCGCUUCAAAAUUUCAAAGCAGCACGUAAAGGACUAAAAAAACCUUUGUGAAGUUGGCUAAAGAGAUACGUAACCCUAAGAGGAAGUGAUAUUAAAGAAUGCUGAUGGUACACUCAUUAACUUGAUUGUGCUCCAAAAAUAACCCAUUACAUCACCUGAAUAUUGUGUUGUCCUUUAAAUUAAACAUGGUGUUCUACGUUCCAGAAGGUCCUUUACCUCUUGAACUAAUUUGCUCACGACACAAGGUUGUUAAUUUUAAAACCUUGAGCAUAAAAAGUUUUCUACAGUUUGUGUUUGUUUCUUGGUACUCGCUGUAGAUUCCUGGUACUGUCAUCAGUCAUGAGCUGUGGGAACUUAACGGUCGGACCUUGACAUCCUUCCUCCCGUCCUCCACCAGCCUGCUGGUGGCCCUGGUGACUCCAGCAGAGGCUGGCUGUCCCGUGAGGCUCCUUCCGUGUGAAGGAAAAAUGGAAGGACACAGCCCUGAAUUAGCUGAUGCUGUGUUUUGUGCCACAGGCUCUUCCUGGAAUUUCGAUUCUGAGCUUACAAGUAAUUUCAAGACCCUCUCUUAGCCUUCAAGAACUGUAAUGUCACCUGCUCCGGCACAUUUUCCAUUGCAUGCCAUUUCUGUUAUAUCAGAAUUGCCUGUUGGGUAGUGUCUGCUAUGUAGAGAAUCAGAGCUUAUUUUCAGUGGUAACCACAUGGGAACACAAUCUUCUGUAAGAUUUGUGUAGGGGGAAAAAACAAGUAUAUCUAUAACUUCUAAAAAUUUAACUAUUCUAACUAUUUUUCUAAAAAUAAAUGGUUUGAGACUACCUUAAUAAACUGACAUCACUGAGGUUUGCCAUGCUUUUACAGGUUAUUACAACUGAAACAGCAUUUCAAUUUUAAGUGUAUGUGAAACUUCUGCAAAACUUCACCAUCAUUUCUGAUAAAAAUGCAAUGCUUGAAACUGACUUUAAAUGUUUGUUUAGCCAUUAGCAUCACUUGGCAUCUUAGAGUCAAUUUUUUUUCUUUUCCUAAUUUAUCUGCACUAAGGCCUGUAUAGUACGAACUCACAGUUUGCCCUUGCACUGAAAAAGGUUUAAUUUUUGCAAGCAUUUGACAACUUCUUGAAAGAUCAUUACUUUUUGUUCUAUUUUAUUUAUAUGCCUGCAUUCUCACAUUCUGUCAGGAAGUAUGGCUUUCUGUAUGUUGUGCUUUUUAAAUAAAAUUUUAUCUGAGUUCUGGCUA